GAGGCCGGGUGGUUUUUAAUCAGAAACGGUUCCGCCACGGCGCUGAUCGGACUGCUCGCUCGCGCUCUCGCAGCCAGCGCGCACUCGGCCGCCGGGCUCGUCUCUGUUCGUCCGCGUCGUCUGCUCGCGUCUGGGGCACGCAUCUAUGAAGUCGUCAGCUGACACUCAGGCGCUGAACCAUGCAGGUGCCUGCAGUUCAGAAUUUUUCUAUCCACCUGGGUGCCUGGUUCCAGUGUCCGAUAGUUACCCGCGUUGUCUCUCGUCUCCAGAGCAACGAGCAGGCUCUCUUACCUAUCCCAUCAGCCCCUACUACCGACCAGACGUCGGGGCUCUCUCAGACAUCACGAGCCUGGCCGUCGCCGAAGGGGCGAUGAAGCCUCCGUACUCGUACAUCGCCCUCAUCACGAUGGCCAUCCGCAGCACUCCCGAGCAGAAGAUAACGCUCAACGGUAUCUACAAGUUUAUCAUGGAUAGGUUCCCUUUCUAUCACCACAACAAGCAGGGCUGGCAGAACUCAAUCAGGCAUAACCUGUCCCUCAACGAUUGCUUCGUCAAGUUGCCGCGCGAGAAAGGCAAGCCUGGUAAGGGCCACUACUGGACGUUGGGCGCCAACUGUGAGUCCAUGUUCGAGAACGGCAAUUUUAGGCGCAGAAAGCGCAGGAAGAAGCAGCCCGCAAUGGACAUGGAUCGCCCGGCCACAGUCGCCUUUGCUAAGCAUGAGCGACUCUUCGCAGCAGCCGCUGCGGCGGCGGGGCGACCCUACCACGAGCUCGACCUGUCCACUGCCGUCAGGCUGCCGCUGCCGUCUAGUGCACCGCGAACGCCCGAGCUGCCCGCGCAGCCCGGCCGCAUCUCAUCGCCGACGCCCGCAGAUACGGCGAAAGCUGGCGAACGGUUCAAUAGCUCCUUUACCAUCGAGAGCAUCAUGAGGCGGCCCUCGAAGGCAGCGAUGAAUCGAACGGAAACGGACGCGCCGCAGCUACACGUACCACUGCUCAGCGCAACCGCCUGCGGUGGCGAUACGCUGUGCGGCCACUUGCCCGCAUUCUCUUUGCCGCUGUGUUUCGGCAAAAGCUGGUUGGCGGCGGAGGGCUUCGCUCAAACGCAAGGACAGCCUGGCGGUGCCUUGUGGUCGCCACUGAGUAGGUACGAGACGCUCGUGAGUUACAAACGCUCGCUCGCCUCAGCUGAUGCUCAGGCGGCCUUCGAUGCCUUUCCGCCGCUUUUGAAGGUCCAACUUGGUGAAAAAAGAACUCCUACGCCGUGACAUAUAGCAUGCGUGCGUCUAUAGUAAUCGUUUUCAAUUCUGCCACCUAUUUAUGAUGUCCCCGAAGGUAUGUGUUCAUCCAGAAUAAAUGUCACUGACCUAUAGUCGGAACCCGAACACCAAUGCGUCGAUCUUAGAAUUCGUGGGCUGCAGCUCCAAUAUACUGUGAGGCACCGCAGGCUUUAGAAAUUAUAUUGCAUCGAAACUUCAUAACUAGCUAAAUCGGCAGGGAAAGAACACACAUACAAGCUAUGGUAAAAGAAAAGAGUAUAACUUAAUUGAUAUGAAACAGCGGUAUGGUAUCAUUGUGGUACCGGUGGCAUGGUACCUAUAUGGUACACUAUGACAUAUAUUUAGGCCGAAUAGUCUUUUAGCUAAAUUUAUUUGCGUUGUGCGGUUGUUUUAUCGAAGCGGUGCCUCAUUUUAUGUAAUGUGUCAAAUUAGGUGUCAACCAAUUCAGUCGUUACGUAUGCUCGUUAAGAAGCUAUGGAGCUGGAAUCUCUCUAAUCGUAUAUAUUUUUUUUUCUCAAUACAAACGCGCUUUUUUUUUCUUUUCUUCUUUUGAAAGGGGAGGCAUGGGGAUAAGGGGGCUAUAUUUCUCCCGGACUUCCCACCGUAACUGGUCAGGAAACUGACGUCACCGAUGACAUGCAUUCGAUUCAUAGUCAUCUUAAUGCUUGAUAUGUACCAUAAUUAGUUAUAAAUGUCAUGAGAAGCGUAAUCGUGCGUGCACUUGAGGGUUCUCCUAUUUUGAUUCUCAAGUCAAAUUGCCCUAGACGUUUUUUUUUUCUCUUCUGUUUCACCUGUGGGAGCUUCUUAUUGUGUUAAAGUGGCGGGAAGGAGUGGAGGCGGACUACGUCGGGCACAGCCCACUUUGAAUAGGGCGUGAACUUUAAGACAACGUGUAUGGUCACUUUGACACUCGAAUAGAUACUGGAUGUUUGGUCACUGGAAAAUGCUAUUUUAGCCGCCUAUAAAAUGCACUAAAUCUGUCAUUUAAGGCAUAUGCAAGCGCCAAAUACUGUCCUUUCAGCCAUGUAUAGGCUCAAUGAAUAAGAACUUCCGCUGUGCAUCUGAGAAUAAAUGUUGAUUCCUUAGGAAC